AUGCCCGUGCCUGAUCAUCCAGAGCUCUUUUGGGUCAGCAGUCGUGAGCUUGUUGGGGCUAUUGUUAGAGCUAUGCUUUCCGUGGCCAUUUUGGCUCAAGCCGUUUUGGCGAAGGUCGUUCGGGACAUUUGCCCCCAAACCAGUUCCCGGUCAUCUGGUCGCCGUGGGCGUCUGCCAUCUGCUUACCCCGCACUCAUGGGCGAGGAGGAGGUCGCCGCUCUGGUCGUGGACAAUGGCAGCGGCAUGUGCAAGGCCGGCUUUGCGGGCGACGAUGCCCCACGCGCUGUGUUUCCGUCCAUAGUCGGCCGCCCGAAGAUGCCAGGGAUCAUGGUCGGCAUGGACCAGAAGGACAGCUACGUUGGCGACGAAGCUCAGAGCAAGCGUGGUGUCCUCACCCUCAAGUAUCCAAUCGAGCAUGGCAUCGUGACCAAUUGGGACGACAUGGAGAAGAUAUGGCACCACACUUUCUACAACGAGCUCCGCGUUGCUCCGGAGGAGCAUCCCGUGCUUCUCACAGAGGCGCCCCUCAACCCCAAGGCGAAUCGCGAGCGCAUGACGCAGAUCAUGUUCGAGACCUUCAACGUGCCUGCGAUGUAUGUCGCGAUCCAGGCAGUUCUCUCUCUCUACGCCUCUGGACGCACCACGGGGAUCGUCAUGGAUUCCGGCGAUGGCGUAUCGCACACUGUGCCCAUCUAUGAGGGCUACGCUCUGCCGCACGCGAUUUUGCGCUUGGAUCUGGCAGGGCGUGACCUCACGGAGCACUUGAUGAAGAUCCUUACUGAGCGUGGCUAUUCCUUCACAACCACGGCUGAGCGCGAGAUCGUGCGCGACGUCAAAGAGAAACUUUGCUACAUUGCGCUCGAUUUUGACACCGAGAUGAAGGUUGCCACAGAGAGCUCGGACAAGGAGAAGACGUAUGAGCUUCCUGACGGAAAUAUCAUAACUGUCGGUAGCGAGCGCUUCCGUUGUCCCGAGGUUCUCUUCCAGCCCAGCUUUGUGGGCAAGGAAGCCAGUGGCAUUCACGACACGACCUUCCAGUCGAUCAUGAAGUGCGACGUCGACAUUCGGAAAGACCUGUACGCUAACGUUGUGCUGUCUGGUGGCACCACCAUGUUCCCAGGAAUCGGCGAGCGGAUGACCAAGGAAUUGUCGGCAUUAGCGCCUUCCACGAUGAAGAUAAAGGUCGUGGCUCCGCCCGAACGCAAGUACUCAGUGUGGAUCGGCGGGUCCAUCCUUUCAUCCCUGAGCACCUUCCAGCAGAUGUGGAUUUCUAAGGGGGAGUAUGACGAGUCUGGCCCCACUAUCGUUCACAGGAAGUGCUUCUGA